AUGUCGCCUCCAUCUCACCCGGCCGUUGAACAACCCCUUUCUUCGGGUUCGACGUCUCCUCAGCUGACUCUGCUGCGGUCGGCCACUCCUGCUCCUGAUGACGAAGAUUACACAGGCCUUGAACCAGACGCGACCGAGCCUAACCAAGCCGGCCCCGCUCCGGCUGAUCACCUCGCCGACCCUGUUGGCUUUUCGGUCGGAUCUGUUGACGCCCCGGCGGAUGCUUCUUCUGCCGAUGCUGACGUGGGUAAUGACCAAGUGCAUGACGUGGACACGACCGAGGUUGACCAGUUAGCUAAGGAGCGUGAAGGCUUACGGCGAGCGGUAGCGGAACGUGAGCAGCUUGUUGCUCCACUGCGGAUAGGUUUCGAUGCGCUUGCUCGCAGCUUUGCACAACGUGUUCGGGAGCUUGAACAAUUGAAAACAGAGCGCGCUUUAAGCCACCAAGAGUUACACCGCUUGCGCUCCUCCCAUGCUGCUCCUAUCGAGGAAUUAGCACUGUUGAGAGCAGAACGGGAUUGCCUACUCGCGACCGCCAGGCCCAGCUCAACCAUCUAA